AAUCAUAUAGAUCUGGAGCUAAAUUAAACAGAUCAAUGAACAUGAUCAUUAGGUUGAUAUUGCUUCUGGUUUUUGCUGGAUGGCUUAUUGUUUGGAUUAUGGUGCCAACAAAAACUUAUAAACUUGUCUGGACUCCCAAGCUUCAAGACAAUCUCACUUCAACUUAUUUUGGAGUGCAAGGAACGAAUCUGCUGCUCUUCUCGUUCCCAGUGAUGUUUGUAGCAGUGCUGAGCUGCGUUUAUCUCCAUCUAGUUCAGAAGAAACCACAAAAUAACUCCACUGCGAUUAGGUCAUCGGUUGGUGCCGGCUUCUGGAGACGUCCGGUGAUUGUAGCGGCUCCUUUGGGCGUCGUCACGGCGAUGGAGCUAGUGUUUGGGCUGAUGUUUAUCGCACUCUUGGUUUGGUCUCUAGCUAACUACUUGAUUACCAGCUUCCGCGGCCAUCUCCAUAGGCAAAUGGAUGAGACUACGAUGAUGAGCAUUGAUCAAGUAUGGCAAGCCAAAUUUCGAAGUGUAUCGUUGAGAGUCUCGUACCUUGGGAACAUAUGCUGGGCAUUUCUCUUCUUUCCAGUCACUCGAACCUCGUCGAUUCUACACAUGUUUGGGCUCACAUCAGAGUCGAGUAUUAAGUACCAUAUUUGGCUUGGCCAUCUCUCCAUGAUUCUCUUUGUUCUACAUACUGUAGGGUUCAUCAUCUACUGGCUCAUGACUCAUCAAAUGAUUCUGAUGCUAGAAUGGAGCGAGACUUAUGUCUCAAACCUAGCUGGGAAUAUUGCGAUUGUAUUAGCAAUAACAAUUUGGGUGACAAGCCUUCCUCGUGUUAGACGAAAAAUGUUUGAAGUAUUUUACUAUACACACCAGCUCUACCCCCUCUAUAUCGUGUUCUACGUAUUACAUGUUGGUGCUUCCUACUUCGUUAUGAUCCUUCCAGGAAUCUUCCUCUUCGUCAUCGAUCGAUACUUGAGAUUUUUACAAUCUUCUCGACAUGCUGCGUUAGCCUCAGCACGGGUUUUACCUUGUGAAACCCUUGAGCUCAACUUCACCAAGAGCAAAGGAUUGGAUUAUAAUCCUACUAGCAUCUUGUUUAUCAAUGUGCCUAGCAUAUCAAAAUUGCAGUGGCACCCGUUUACAGUGACUUCAAACUCUAACAUGGAGGCAGACAAGCUAAGCGUUGUGAUCAAGUGUCUAGGAAGUUGGUCUCAGAAACUUCAUAAGCAACUGGCUUCUAAUUCCGUGGAGCAUUUCCAAAUUUCCGUUGAAGGACCUUAUGGCCCUACUUCAUCUCAAUUUAUAAGGCACAAGGGUUUGGUUAUGGUGAGUGGAGGCAGUGGAAUUACUCCUAUGAUUUCCAUAAUCCGAGAAAUCAUAUUCCAAAGCACCAAACCAGACUGCCAGGUUCCAAGUGUACGACUAAUCUGUGCAUUCAAGAGCUCAGCCGAUCUCUCAAUGCUGCAACUAUUGGUUCCAAAUUCUGGUACACCUUAUGACCUUACCCGGAUACAAUUGCAAAUAGAUGCCUAUAUUACAAGGGAGACACAACAGCAGCCACCAUCUUCCCUAAACCCAUCCCAAACUUUAUGGUUUAAGCCAAACCCAUUGGAUAUACCAAUUUCUGGUGUUUUAGGUCCCAAUACUUGGCUAUGGCUUGGUGCAAUUAUCGCGUCCUCAUUCGUCUUAUUUCUCUUUGUUCUGGGCGUUGUCACUCGUUUCUAUAUAUACCCGAUUGAUCACAACACCGGAACUAGUUACCAUUACUCCUUCCCUUGCCUUUGGUAUAUGUUUUUGCUAUGUGCCUCCAUUUUCGUAGUCUCUAGUCUAGUUUUCAUUUGGUGCAAGAAGCAAAUUGCCAUGGAAAGAAAUCAAAUCCAGAAUGUAGAAGUAGCCACAGAAACAACUGAUGAUAGAGAACUCGAAAGCUUCCCCCUUCAUCAGGAGUCCCUGAUUGCUCAAGCUACCCAGGUGCAUUAUGGAGCAAGGCCUGAUCUCAAGAAACUUCUGUCGGAAAUUAAAGGAUCUGAUAUUGGAGUGUUGGCUUGUGGUCCGAAAUCAAUGAGACAUGAGGUGGCUAAACUUUGUUCAUCCAGUUUGGCACAAAAUCUGCACUUCGAGUCUAUCAGCUUUAACUGGUGAUAAAUACAUGUGUUAUGCAUAUGGCAUAUUGCAUUCAAGUUAUAACCAAGCUCAUAAUCUCAGUCUGUGCAUGUGUCUAAACAAACUGUAGCGGCAUCCCUUCUGCUUCAAAA